AUGGCUGACAAUGAGACUAGCAUUAAUGAUUCAACGUCAAAGCGGAACUAUCGGUCUCGACCGUUACCCGUCUUUGGAAAUGACGCUAAACAUAAUGAAAAAGCAACAUUAGAGCAAAUGUUAGCAAACCCAUACUCUUACUACGAAGCAAAUGGUCCCAACGUUUAUCGUGGUGCUAAACAUCAUGAUUUGGAAGGAAAAGUUAAUAAUAUGAAAAAAUUUCUUGAUCAGGGACAAGAAACAGGUGAUUUAAAACAAAAAAUCCCGGUGAUAGAACAAGAAAAACAUGACUUAAAAAUUGAACUGGAGAUAUCAAAUGAAGAGUUACAGAAAGUAAAACAAGAAAAGCAUGACUUAGAAAUCGAACUGGAGACAUCAAAUGAAGAGUUACAGAAAGUAAAACAAGAAAAUCAUGACAUAAAAGAACAAUUAGUGUGUGCUCAGGUGGAAGACGAUUUACAAGUCAUCGAUGAUAGUAUUAGCCGCCAAAUUGCUGCUGGUCCUGAACCUUAUUUGUCUAACGCUGUUAUGCCAUACUAA